AUGUCUCCGCCCCCUCAAUUCUUCGGCUACUCCUGGGACGACGGGCAGCCGCUCUCUGCUAGUGCCGACGAGUCGGGCACCGUACUCUCCGAGCGGAAACCGCACGUCCUCCUCCGUCCCGUCUACAUUAAUGCCGUGGAAGUUGGAUUCGCUUAUCACCAAGUGGAUCGAGAUCGUCGGCUUCACGUUCGCGGAGUGACGAUUGCACUGUGGUACUUCAUCUCCAGAGGGCAUCAGGCUGUCGCCCUGCUCCCGCACUGCUUCAAGGUCUACGCCGACAAGAGCUCGAACUGGACGGAGUUGAUGCACCUCUUCCGGCUGAACCUCAUCGAAUUCACGCCUGGCUUUGGCCCCGACAAGUACGUGGAGGUGAACCGGAUGUUGGCGACGAGGGCCCGGGAGACGGGCGGCUGCGUGGUGGCCCGCAGCCAGAUGCACGCCAUCCUCGACGAGCUGCCCAACCUCGACAAGACGAUCGAGAAAAAGCUUCUGAUGCCAGCGUUCAACGGGGACGACCUGAUCUUUCCGAUGGACGGGCCGUUGGGCCGGAAUGGACCCACUUUAAACACCACCCUCCGCUGCCCGCCUAGCGACGUCGAAUGGGGCCGCUGCUCGCAUCAUCAGAUGCGCCUCUCCGACCAGCGAAUCUGGGUUCAGCGCCUCACCGCCAUCGUCCCGAAUAAGGAAUCCCUGCUAGCCCGCCCAGCUCCUCAAUUUUCAGCCGCCUGGACGCUCCUCGCCGGAAAGCUCGCCGACUUCACCCCGAAGACGCCGUUGGACAUGAUGCCACCGAGCUGUGGGCCGUGGCAGCCUCCGCGCGAAUACUCCAAUGCUGGCUCCGACGCGUACUACGAGUGGCGCGGCGGGACCUCGUCUCACGGCCCGUUCCGCCAAGUGCCCCACAACGACCUGCUCGACGGCAGCGUGGCCCCGUCCGUCUCCCCGCCCAGCCAGCCGAUUGCCGACAGCGCCACGGAGCGGCAGCCGCUCACCCCCAACCGCGCCAAGGAGGUGUUCAACCAGGUGGCCGCGAUUCUCGGAUGGGAGAAGGCAAAAACCGUCACGCAACGCUUCCCCCACGUCGAAUCGGUGCAGGCGCUGAUCGAAUACGCCUUCGAGCAGCCGGCCCAAAACAGAUCGGCUCGAGCGCCUGCUCCCGAAUCCCCGAAGACGAACGACAACCUCAACGCGGCCACCCAGACCCCCACUACCACCGCCUUGUCCAAGUUCAACGAGGCCUUGCCCAUCAUUUCCGCCAGCACGUCCGUGUCGCCCGCCACCAACACCACCACGACGACGAUGACCAGCGAGCCGGAGGUGGAAGAGGAAAUUCUCCUGAUCGACUUCUCAACUCCGGUAGAUGCUCCGCCCGCCAGCUCCACCUCAUCUCCGCCUCCUCCCAUCCUGACGGAGCUGCAGGACCUCCACUUC